AUAGAGUGAUGGCAGGAAUCUUUGUCGUUAAUGGAACACUUUUAAUGUAAAUAGAAAUAAUCAGAACAUUGUCUGUCAUCAUAUUGUGGAGAUUAUUUCGAUCUUUAUAAGAGUGGCCAUAUGUCCCACACGUUAAUUUCCGUUCAAGGUUUGUCGUGGAAGAAACCAUUUCUACAUAUGAAUGACAAUAGAACGAAAACGAUGAUCUUUUAUCCGUUAGGACUCGUAUAGAUAAACACACUGACCAACAUGAAUCGGUGUGUAUAUGAAGAUGUUGUACGGUUCGAUACACAAAGUAGUUCCUUGAGUGAUUUUCGAACGCAGUAUGCCUACAUGCAUGGACCUAUUUGCAUUGUUAUUUGUAUUCUUGGAAUUAUUCUUAACGCAGCAAACAUUGUAGUGCUAACACGUAAAAACAUGAUGACGUCAAUCAAUGUCAUACUCACGUGGCUAGCUGUCGCGGAUAAUCUCAAAAUGACAGAUUAUUUAAUUUUUGCAAUAGGUUUUUAUGUAAUGAAAGAUCCUGAUCUUGCUCUGAUGAACACGUAUAAUAUCCACAAAGGGAAAUAUUUGGAAUUCCAUGCCAGUUUUGCUAUAGUUUGUCAUAACAUUGGAGUAUGGCUGACCGUCUCAUUAGCAAUAUUUCGUUUCUUAUACAUAUGGUUUCCCGGGAGAGGUCAAAUAUUUUGCACAGUGACCAGAGCUAAACUCACAGUUGCCUUGAUUUAUGUGACAAUAGCAAUAAUAUGUAUACCAAAUUACUACACAAACUUCUUAGAUAAGAAAACACCAGUUCAUUUAAACAGCUCAAACAUCAUGUGUCAUGCAAAAUAUACAGUUAAUAUGAUUGAUCAAAAGGACCCCGUAUUUAUAGCAAAUACUUAUAUUCAAGCAAUAUUCACGAAACUAGUGCCUUGUGUCUUGUUAACAGUUUUGACAUUUCUUUUGAUAUAUGCAAUGCAUCAAGCUUAUCAAAAGCGCAAAGUAUUACUAAGUCAAGGUCAUGAUCAAGACGCGCGGCGUCACCACGAACACAACAGAACCACUGGCAUGCUGUUAGCUGUCGUUAUACUGUUCCUAUUGGUUGAACUUCCUUUUGGAAUAUUAACUUUAAUGAUAGUGUUUUCCCCAGCAGAAUGGAUGACGAAAGUAUAUGACAACCUUGGAGAAUUCCAUGAACUCUUGGCACUCUUUAAUAACUCUGUUAACUUUUUACUAUACUGCAGUAUGAGUAAACAGUUCCGUAAAACUUUUAUUUCUAUAUUUUGCAGAUGUUUGCCAAAACAAAAUUAUCGCGUAAUAAAUAUGACAGAAAGGAGUCAGUUUAACAACUCAGUGAACCAUAAUCAUCACAAUACUACUCAUGUGCAAACAGAUGCAUGACAUAUGGGAUAACAUAAUGCGCUACUGUAAACUGAAACGCACUACGUUUGUGCGUGAAAUGAAUCGUUUGAACUGAACAACGCUUUUCCUGUUUGAUCUGGUAACGAUAACAAAAACUUGUUGAUGUUCUUUUAUGACUACAUCAUUGUGUACAUUAUAGUACAUGUAAUAUUUCUAAAUGUUUUCUUACUGAUAAAGAAGUAUGGAUUUUUUUGUUUGAAAUUGUUUGCACAUUCUUACUACCGCAUCUGUUGCUGUUUACAAUUAUCCUAAUAAAUUUGUCCCA